CCGAUAAUUUGCCGUUUUGCCGUUGUUUUUGUAUUUUUUAAAUAUUUUUCUUUUCGCUGAAGUCUUGAAAUUUCCACACCGAAUAGCCAUUUUCAAUAGCUUCAAUUUGAUAUAUAGCCCGACGAUUGGGGUCAAGUAUUUCUGCUCAUAACUCAGAAAAACUAUUUUGGCUUCAUCAAAUCAUAGGCCUUCAUCAUAGCAGUUAGCCUUCCAGUUUAUUUAUAGUUCAAUGACUGUAACCCAUGUUGCUAUAUUAUGAAGGCUUGUAUUUGAGUUUUCAAGGGUUUUUGCACUUUUCACAACAGUCCAGUUUCUUCCCGCGUCAAUUGUCGUGAGAUCAGUGUUCCAACUAAAACAAAGAUGGCGAACUUUUUUCAAAAAUCUUGCUGUAACUUUUCAAGAUUUUGGAUUGCUUCUACAAAUUUAUUCACAUCGAAAACAAGUUUAAAAUAUCCGCUAUCUACUAGUUUCAUGCUAAAUUCUUUUGGAUGUAAAAGAUACAUUCAUUUGCAUAGGCCAUUUUACAAUUUAUUGACGCCAGGAGUGGGGCAUAGCAGACCAUGUGUGAAAUGGGUACAUACAACCAGAACUGGGUUUAGUAUUGAGGAAUUUUUUCCUCCUGGAGUGUUAGAAACUCAACAACCAUUGCCUGAAGAAGUGAAAUCAGGUACUUAAAUCAGUAAAAUAUAAAAAUGCUUUUGGAACAACCUGGGUGAUUUUCAUGCCGGUUCUGGAAAGUUAACUUUUUGCACGCUGGAUAUCGGAUUCAUGUAAAUGUAUGCCAAUUUUGGAGAUAUCAAUGCGCAAAAGUUCCAAAUACACCUUUUUAGUAUAAACCUAUUUGGUCCAAAUUUGUGAACUUUGUACAAAUUUGUGAACUUUGUACAAUUACUAGUCUAUGUCCUGACUGGAAAGUUUGGAAAUUGCGCACCGGAGAUUUAAAAAAUUUAUUAGUAAUUAUAUAGAAAGCAUCAAAAUUGCGCACCAGAGAUAUCCGCCGCGUGAUACAAACUUUCCACACUGGGUCUAUGUAAACAAAUGUAUGCCAAAGUUUGUGUUUGUACACCGGACAAGUCCAGCAUAUAGACACUUUGCAUCCCAGUCUGGAUUCCAUGUGACCAUUUUCUUUUUAUUAUUAUUAUUAUUAUUAUUAUUGUCUUUAUUAGGGUCCACUACAGUAUAUGUACAAAGUCUAAUUAUAAAGUCUAAUUAUUCGGAGACCCUAAAUGGGCGAGGCGCAAACGGGACUCGAAGAACCAUGCAAGGCACCUGCCCAAACUUAGUAAAAAUUUACUGUUCUAAUUGAAAAUCUAUACUGUUCUAGUAAACUUCGGAGGUGCAUACGCCUCAUAAAAAUUUUCCAAUCCAAGUUCACAUUAUCCAUUUUUUACCUUUGUAUUUCAUGGCAGAAAUUCACCCAGAAUUGAAAUCUUGAUAUGCUCAAAUAGACUAGCAUGAAGAUUUCAAUUAUGAGGUCCAUUUUUGGAAAAAAUCUGCACAUGGAUAGUAUUAGUGAGAUGAAUGCUACUGUACUGACAUCAUUUUGGGAAUGAAAUAUGGAACUAUUCUGUUUCCAUUAAUGCCAGGUAGAAGCUGGAGAGCAGCUGAAUUAAGACAGAAGAGUAAUGAAGACUUACAUAAACUUUGGUGAGGGUUUACUGAGUGACCAAAUAUUAAUUUUCCUUUGUGGACCUGUUCCUCCAAAAGGCUGAGGAAUAAUAGCUCAAAAUCUGUGAUUGUUAAGUAAUUGGGAUAAAACUGACUUUUCUAUGAAAACUGGAUAUUAAAUGGUAUGAGAUUGGGUAUGGGGCCCAGUUAAAGUAAUUCCCAAACAAGUCCAUCAAGGCAUGAGUAAGUCUGCCAGCAUGGCAGCAUGCUGCCAGGAAAUUUUUUUAAUCUCAGGAAUUUUUUAAGGAAAAGCAAGAUAUCAAGAAUGAAGCUCGAGAAAUUUCAAAAAUCAGCAUUAAACUAACAAACAUCACAAUUAGAGUAUAAAUACAACAAUCAUAUCAUAAAAAUUUGUAUCAUGUACUGGCAGUGCUAUAACUGUCUGUUAUGAUUCAUGAUGUGGAAAAGAAAGGCGUACUACUAUUAUUGAAUAGUGCAUGAAUACUGAUAUAAAUUCAAACAAAAUUCAAAUAUUGUUUCAUAGAAUUCCUUCAUAUGUUCCUAAUUCUAGUAAACCUAUAUUUUUCUUAAUAUUGAGGUAGUAUAUGACUUAGUAAGGUAGUAUGUAUGACGCUGUUAUUGAAUUACAACCAAAAUUCAUAUUUAUAAAAACAAUUGGCAGGAAAUUUUUGAAUCUGGGAAGCCUGCUCCAGGAAGAGAAAUAUUUUAUCAGGACUUGCUCCUGGAAGAGAAAUAUCUUAUCCAUGAAGUGGAUGAUAAAGAAAAUCAGUUUUGAAAUUAUUCAAUCUCUUGCAAAUGGAAGAACUUCAUCUUUGUUAAUUGUUAUUCUCCAUUAAGGUAUGUUUUAUUAAAAGAAAGAAACAUGUUAUUAACAGUGCAGGCAGAAGCAAGAAGACAAGAAGUGGUAAUGCCUUCACCUCAGAGAUUCCAUAAGGUCAAAAAAUCUAUGGCCAUGAUCAAAGUCGUGCUGGAUGAACGAGUAAGUUUAUUGAUGAAUCAUUUUGCUCCCCAAUGUACCCUACAAUGUACCCUACGUACAGUUUUCCCAGUAGCCAUAUGAAUUAGGCAUGCAUACAUAGCUAUGCACUAACAGUACAUAUAUGCCAAUACUGCAGUUGGGUUUUCUAGAAACGAGCAAUUGAAGCUAUUGAAAGAAAUUACAAGAAUGCUGAGAAGAACACAGUUGAGUUGACUGCCAAUUCUUUAGGUGGUAAGGACAAAGUGGAUAAGAAUUCAAAAAUUGACCAACAUCAAUUGUCAAUUACAACAUGACUAUUAUAACUCAUCUGCAACCCAUCUGUUAAUUUUGUUGUUAUCAGCUAUGAUCCAGGUAAAGAGGGUGCAGAUUUUCAUGGGGUUGCAUGCCUCAAUGACCAUAAUGCUAUAAAUCUCCAAAUGAUUCCACAAUGAAACUGUAAAUAGACUCCAGACCUGACAUGUUGAGGUUUAUGAUCACUCUCGUCAGUAGUGAGCUUUCACUCCCCUUAAUUUGUUCCUGAAAGGGCGAUUGAUAGUGUGCCUUGCCUUGCAAGUUGAAGUGCUUUAUUAAGAUGAGCUAAAAAGUGAAUCAUUUGGUGUUCAGAUCAAUGAGGAGACUGUUGAUUUAUCUUCAGUACACUGAUAAAGCAACAGUUGAGAAAGUGUUACUUAUAGUAUGUUAGUAUACUAUCAGAUGGAGUAAUGCGUUAUCUAAUUCGAUCUAAUAACCAGUCUGAGUCAGCUUGCUUGCUUGCACACUAGAAAACUAGUUGAUUAAUAUAUCUGUCAAUAUAUAAGAUAACAAGAAUUUCCUGCUGGAUGUUUUCCUGCGCAGAUAUUUUGUUGAAAAUUUUCUGGCAACGAUGGUGGACAUUUUCCACCAUUUUCCAUUUGCUAACUUAAGAGACAGAAAACAUGUUGUGCUGGAUGCCACCUGGGUCCAUCGUUGUGCUGGAUGCCAUUAAUAAUUAGAGACAGAGAACAUAUAUUGUGCUGCAGGAUGCCAACUUCCUAUGAUGAGGUAGACCUCCUGCACUGGCUCCAACAAAAAUCCUAGAAUAAACUAACAUUUAUGCCUAAAAUGACAGUCAGUUUUACGGUUUUGAAAGACAAAUCGUCGUCUGAUUUACUCUUUCAAUACACUAUUUUAAUCUUAUAAAAAUUAAAUAUUUAAUCUUUCAAAUUAAAAAAAAAUUUAUCAUGACCAAACUUUAAAAUAAAGUUUGGAAAGUCAUUUAUGUACUACUUCAAGCAUGCGUAGGACUGCAGCACACUCUGGAUGGCUUUAAAAACGAGCCAUCUUCUGAGUUUAUUGCAGAAGUAAUUUUAAAAAUGAACGUUGUCUAAACCAAGUAUUAAAUCAAAGCUAAAGUAGUUUAUGUAAAUGAACAUGAUUUUUUAUCACAUGUAAAACUACCGACACGGCAG